AUGGAAACUGAAAUUUGCGUUUUCUGUGACCGCGCAGGCGAAGUCGCCCGAAAAGAACGACGCUCAACGGGUCCGGUGAUUCACUACGGUAUAACUGCUUCGGGGAAUUCGGUAAUGAAGAAUAGCUUGUGCCGCGAUGAAAUAUCAAUGCAAAUGGACGAGAAAUGCAUCUGCUUCGAGAUGGAAGCAGCUGGACUGAUGAAUGCUUUCCCCUGCCUAGUGAUUCGGGGGAUUUGCGACUACGCAGACAGCCACAAGAAUAAUCGAUGGCAAAACUACGCAGCAGCAACAGCUGCUGCAUUUUCAAAAGAGCUUCUUCAGGAAAUCGACGCUGUGGAUGUUUCGAAGUCUCCGGAUAUGAAGCAGAUCGUUGAGAAAAUUGCUUCGUGGCUUACAUUUGUCAUAGUGCUGGAGGAUAUAUCGCAGCUUACAUCAGACACCGAAAAAGCAAAUCAAGGUUUUCAACAACUGAACAACAACAAGCUUUCGCAGAACAUCAAGAAUUGGCUUUCUCCGUGUGAUUUGUGGGAAACUCAUAACUCUACCUUGGAACAUCGCCAAGAUGGCACGGGAAAAUGGUUUCUUGACAGCAAUGCUUAUGCAUCAUGGAAGGAAACCCCGGCAGUUUCCGUUUGGGUUCACGGCAAGCCAGGCUGCGGCAGAACCACCCUUUGUUCAACAAUCAUCGACGACGUAAUACAUGGCUCAAUGCACCAAAGUCGUCUGCUCGUCUUCUUCUAUUUUGCCUUUACUGACAAUCGCCGAAAGUCGCUUGACGGUGCAAUCAGAUCACUCAUAGGUCAAUUGUGCAGCCAAAGCGAGGACGCCAGGACUGAAUUGAAGUCACUAUUCUCCAGUCAUAGAGACGGUGCAAGGCAACCCAGUACACAAUCGCUUUGCAAGAUUUUCGAGAACAUGAUUCGGUGCGUCGGAGAAGUUUGA